UGGCAGAGAUUGUCUAAUGUUGCAAGGACGUGAUAAACACACCAAGACGGCACCAGGAGAGUGGAUUGUAGCGUGCUUGGAAGGAUGAACAACCUUUCAGUGAAGCGUACCUAAUUUUUCCUUGUAAUUUUUAAACUUUGAUUUUAAACUGUUAAAAUUGUACCCGAGUCCCCGCGUGUAACGGCAGACUAUGUGGUGACCCUGGCUAGUUUACCAGGAAUGACCGAGUUUUAUGACUUUCCUUCUGUUUGCUAGAAGGAAUUCCGCAUAAUUCCGUUCAUACGGUGAUAAGAGUGAUUUGACUACGGUGUGAGAGCAACCACCUCAAACUAAAUAUUGCAGAAUAGUACUCAAGGUUCCAGAGCAACAGGACAUUUCAGCAAUACAGAGAACUUCUGAUGUCGCAGGAGGUAUGCGAAAGGCGAACUGAAGUUGGAUGCAACUAAGAGUGGGCCAGCUAGAUCCGCAGUCCUCUAGCUGGACGUAAUUUGUGCCAAUGGAUUACUUGCGUUGUAACGUCGUCGGGCGGAAUUGAAGCGCGCCAGCCGGGCUGUCCGAGAUGCACCGUGGCUGCGUUUUCAACUCUUUCGACACCGGCCCGGUUUUAUCAUGGAUUUUAAAAGAUCGGCGAGGAGGAUGCGGUGGCUGGGGUGCUAUCGGCUGGGACCAAAGUGCAAAGUAGUACUGUUUUUUGUCGGACUUGCCAUCGCUGGACAGCUCCUGGGGGUGCUCUUCAAUAAAAGCUGGGUGCAGACAGAGCACUCCCGCACACUCUUCUCUCUGUCUUCAGAGAAUGGCCAAGGGCCUCCUCUGGGCUCCUGCCGGCCCCACACCCAUGUUAUGUUCCUGAAGACCCAUAAGACAGCCAGCAGCACUGUUCUCAACAUACUCUACCGCUUUGGGGAGGAGCAGGGCCUACGGUUUGCCCUCCCGGUGGGCUACCAGUUUGGCUACCCACAGCGCUUUGAAGCACAGAGGGUGAAAGGGUAUCGGGGCCCACGUGUGGCAGAGUUUGACAUCAUUGGAAAUCACAUGCGCUUCUUCAAACCAGAGGUUGAGAAAGUCAUGCCCAUUGAUACUUUCCAUUUCUCAAUUUUACGUGAUCCUGUGGCUUUAGCCGAGUCCUCCUAUGCAUAUUACAAAAACGUGGCCCCUGCCUUCCGACGAGCAAAGGGACUAGGUGACUUUGCAGACAACCCUCAUAAAUACUAUGAUCUGCGGCUGCGCAACAACCACUAUGCUCGCAAUCUACUAUGGUUUGAUUUUGGUCUGGACCCCAAUGCCAACUUCUCCUUAGCCCUUGCCAGGCGGGGUGAAGCAACAGUGCGACGGAACUUCAGACUGAUCCUCAUAUCGGAGUACUUUGACCAGUCCAUGGUGCUGCUCCGCCAUGCCCUCUGCUGGCCACUGGAUGCAGUUGUCUCAUUCAGCCUGAACGCCAGGGAGCAGGCGCCCAAGAGACGGUCCACCUGGGGGGGGAAGGUUGCUCAGCCAGCCCCGCUGGCCCUGACAGAUGAGCAGAGGCAGAAGCUGCGGGAGUGGAAUGCGUUGGACUGGCACCUCUACCAAGCCUUCAACCGCACAUUUUGGAUUGAGGUGGAGCGUUUUGGACAGGCACGCAUGCAAGCCGAAGUGGACUUGCUUCGGGUCAGGAGGGAGGUUCUUGCUGGUGUGUGCCUGCGUGACGGUGGACGACCCGUAGAGGCUAAUCGCAUCCGUGACAAGGACAUCCGUCCCUUCCAGAGUGGUAUGGUCAAAAUCCUGGGCUAUGAGCUUCAGCCGAGACUGGACAAUGUCACGAGGCAAGUCUGCCUGAGCAUGAUUAGGCCUGAGAUCCAGUACAAGGACCUGCUAGAUCGCCGGCAAUUUCCACAUGCCCAGCAGCCUCUGGAUGCUGCCAUUGCUGCAGGCGGUUUUGCUGUCAAGAGGGAGUCUUCAUUCCUUUUGACUGGGGAGCACAUAGAUUCUCUAGGGAAGGACUGGAACAGGGCUGUAGUAGCCCGUAAUCAGUCCAUACAUCAAGUAGACAACAAUGGAAAGCUGAGAUAGUGAGUGAGCUGGCUGCACCUAUUUACCUGAUUUACUAUAGGCUGCAGAAGGGCCCCCACAAUGCACUGCCCAGAGCUGGACUAAGAUCCUGCACUUCGAGUCUGCUAGUCUGUUCCUGAGCUCUUCAUCUUGCCCUUGUUUCCCAUCAUUUAUUGAAUUGUUGGAAUGUCAGUGAGGAGGGACUACAGAUUGUUAGAACGCACACAGCAUCAUUGUUUAGUGGUGGGACUAAUGCAUGUGUGAUUUUUGUGCUGCAGCUCAGGUACAUCACAGUGCCUGAUUCCUUAGAUGAGCUGUGAUAUAGUACAAAAGCAUCUUCCACGCUACCACCUUCUUAUACACAUGAACACUUUCUCCCACACUGACACCCUCGAACAGUUUUGGUCUUUUGACAUUUACAGUGCUUUGGUACUUGAUGUUGAAAUAUAAUGCAAAGCCAUUUGCUGGUGCAAAAAUGACAGCAAAAUUGAAUCGUGGACCCAUCACUGUCCAACACGUAUAUUUCAGACUGCAACCAAAAGUGUAAUGUCUUUAUUUACAUAAUCAGUGCACCUCUAUAACUCCAAUGGUCAGCCUUAUAAUGAAAUGCUGCAGGAUCAUCUCAUGCUGUUUGAAAACCUUUUCCUGAAAGGCAAAGAAUGAGAAAUAAUACUGCAGUAAAAUUGGGUUUGUUGCAUUGGUUGCUGUAAUGGGGCUUGCAUUGCAUUGUAUCACAUGACACUAUCAUAUAAGCUAUUGGUGACUCUUUGUGGGUCUGUGAAAAGUGACGUCUCCAGUUGACACUGUGAAAUAAUUUACCAUCUGUUACCUGCAUUACAGACCCAGGUCCAUCAGAUGAAGGCUGUUCCACUCAUAUUGAUCUACCUCUGGGCACCUGUCAGAGGUUGAUAUUUUCCGAUAUUUAUGUAAGUUUUGAAUUAUGUCCAGAAUUGAAUCUGGAUCAGUUGGUAGUGUUUUAUUAACCACAAUGUUGACGGUCAGUUUUGUUAACCGCCGUGACCCAAUACAACUUGACAUUUUUGAUGUCGAGGUUGAGCCCAGUGCUGAGGAAUGAAGUUGGGGUGACCAAAAAUGUUAUGAGAUUUUUUUGUCAAUGGUGAAAUUUUGGUGGCAUGGAAAAUACAAGCAACUUAGUAUAUCCCCUAUCGCAUACAGUACCUGGACUUGGGUGUCCUUGUCCAAAUCUGAAAUACAUUAGUAAUUUUGCCUUACUGUAAGAACAAAUUGGGGCAGGGCUUCACUAUGAAAGCUUGCUGUAGUUAUUAUAUAUUUGAAAAUAGAAAGGGAAAAAAAACAAUGUAUGUAAUGCAUUUAUAUUUUCUCAAAAUGUAAGGGUCUCUUCCACAUUAAGAAUAAGAUGUAAAUGUAAUGUACGAAUUUGACUGGAAUGCACUGUGCAGCUCUGUCAUGGUCAGCCUAUUAACAGCUUAUUUGUAUGCAGUUUACAGAACGAGUAGUCAUCUAAAAAUUAAUUUAUUAUUUUGAUCAAUUUAAUUAUUGUGCAUUCCAUGCAAAAUAGUUAUAGCAAAAACAGAUAUCUAUAUUGCUACUGUGUUAAAAAUACUUUGCAUGUUUAAAAAUAGCACUGGCCAGUGUUUAAGAGCAAACCAGAUUAAUUUCACCAUAGUCUUCACAAUACAGCUUUUUAUACUUUGGCUUGAUAUGUUAGCAUCUCUUGUUUCUUUUAACAGUAAAUAUCAACUUGAAACUAUGGCAAUAUUAAUAGGGUGAUGCAAGUGUCUGACAAAACAUGAGAAGCACCAGAUGAUGUGGGUUUAGUAGUAUUUUGCAUUGAUUUUGUUGUGCUAUGUUAUAAAAUGGCCCUCUCUUUACAUACUAAAGCAAUAUAGAGAGAAAAUAAUUUGUGAAAGAGGGCCGGUAGUUGGGCACUCAAAAUAGAAGUGUUUCGGUACUGUUAGUAAAAAAAAAAAAAAAAAAAAAAAGCAUUAAAAACCUUUCAGCAAAUUUGAGGCAUCAUAUUCCACAUAAAGACAAGCUGUUUCAAGAUGGCAGAUCAGGACUAGAAAAAAGAACGAACCUGAACACAGAUUAGUCUCCCUUUUGAUCUGAACCAGAAUUGUGCAUGAUUAGAGUUGCAAAGCUGCUGGGGCUGCUAACCACUUACGAAAUAAUGAGUGCACAACCUUAGGGGAGUGAAAGAGAGCACUAUGAAUAGAUUUGUCUUGUGUUUUUUUUUUUUUUUUUUUUCCAUUAUCAAGGGGGUUUCUUUUCAGAAGGCAAACUGAAGCCAAAAAGCCUGUUCCUAGUGGAGUAUUUGUCCAGUACUAUAUAGCAGAAAGAAAAUGCUCUAUGGACAAAUUCGGUACUUAUUAAUAACAUAUCUGUACAUCUGGUGUUUUGUUUCGUUUUGUCGGCACUGUUAUUUUGCUUAUGCAUUACAAUGCAUCUCAAGAGUGUAUCUUGCAAAGGUGGUACAAAUUUGAAAAGUGUUUAUUUUACAUUACCUGUGGUACUUCAAUUAAAGGUACACCAAAGAGUUGCUCA